AUGUCCUCAGCAGACCCAGAGAAGGCGCUCGCGACCGUCGAGGCGCGCCCCCUCGAACGCUCCUCCGCCGCGUCCACGUACUCGUCCAACGAGAAGGGGCGCACGUCCGAGGUCGAGCGCGUGGAGAAGCCGGAAGAUGGGCCCCUCGAGCCGCCGCUGUACAACGCGCACAUCGACGUGAGCGGGGUCGACGAGCGCAAGCUCAUGCGUAAGAUCGACCUGUACCUCGUCCCGUGGCUGUCGUUCCUGUACUUGCUCAGCUUCCUAGACCGGACGAGCAUUGGGAACGCGAAGUUGUAUCAUAUGACGACCGAUUUGCACUUGACGGACCAGCAAUACCUCAUUGCGCUCACGAUAUUCUUUUUCUCGUACUCGAUAUUCGAAGUGCCGUCAAACAUCUUUCUCAAGCGGCUGCGCCCGUCAAUAUGGUUGUCGCUCCUCAUGCUCUGCUGGGGCAUCAUGAUGGUGCCCCUCCAGACUGUACAAGGCUUGGUGCACAACUAUGGCGGACUUCUCGGCAUGCGUUGGAUGCUCGGAAUGUUCGAAGCAGGACUCUUCCCAGGCGUGAACUAUUAUCUCUCCUGCUGGUACAAACGGUCCGAGUUCGGCAUCCGUGCCGCGCUCUUCUUCUCCGCGGCGACCGUGUCUGGCGCGUUCGGCGGGCUGCUCGCGGCGGCGAUAUCGAACAUGGAGGGCGUCGGAGGCAAGCCGGCGUGGGCGUGGAUCUUCAUCCUCGAGGGACUCGUCACCGUCGUCGCAGGCAUCGUGUCGUUCUGGAUCAUCCAGGACUUCCCCGACACGGCCAAGUUCCUGAGCGAGGCGGAGCGCACGGUCGUCGUGCGGAGGCUCCAGUCGGAUGACCAGUACAGUGCUGCAGGCGAGAACCUUCGGUGGCACUAUAUCUGGCGCAGUCUGCUCGACUGGAAGACCUGGGUCGGAAUGGUACUUUACAUGGGUGCAGACGGUCCGCUCUAUGCGUUCUCCCUCUUCCUGCCUAGUAUCAUCAACCAGCUUGGGUUCACUGCUACACCUGCGAACCUACUCACCGUGCCGGUGUACGCUCUGGCUUGUGUGGUGACCUGCAUUGUCGGGUUCGUCGCGGAUAGGCAUGGCUGCCGCGGAUACCUCGCAAUGGGAUGCCUUACGGUCGGUAUGAUUGGAUAUAUCAUCCUUAUCGUGUCUAGGAACGCGACGCUGUCGUAUAUCGCUGUGUACCUCGCGGCGUGCGGCAUCUAUCCGACGAUCCCGAACCUGGUCGCAUGGGUGUCGAAUAACGUUGAGGGUUCAUACAAGCGCAGUGUGUCAAUCGCGAUGGUAAUCAGCUUCGGCAACAUCAACGGCGCAGUCUCCUCGAACGUCUACCGCGCAAGGGACGCGCCGUGGUACACGCUCGGCCACGGUAUUGUGCUGAUGUACAUCUGCAUCGGGCUCAUCACCGCGGUCGUAUACUGGUGGUUCCUGCGGCGGGAGAACGCGAAGCGUGAGCGCGGCGAGCGGGACGAGAUCAUUCGGGGCGUCAACGACCAUCGCACGGACCUGGCUCGCAACGGGACGUACGACAGUGUCGCGGACGCGAAGCGCGACAAGGGCGACGAGUGGAGUGGGUACCGCUACACGCUGUGA